AUGAAAUUCUCAACUGCCGUUACUACGUUGAUUAGUUCUGGUGCCAUCGUGUCUGCUUUACCACACGUGGAUGUUCACCAAGAAGAUGCCCACCAACAUAAGAGGGCCGUUGCGUACAAAUACGUUUACGAAACUGUUGUUGUCGAUUCUGAUGGCCACACUGUAACUCCUGCUGCUUCAGAAGUCGCUACUGCUGCUACCUCUGCUAUCAUUACAACAUCUGUGUUGGCUCCAACCUCCUCCGCAGCCGCUGCGGAUAGCUCCGCUUCCAUUGCUGUUUCAUCUGCUGCCUUAGCCAAGAAUGAGAAAAUCUCUGAUGCCGCUGCAUCUGCCACUGCCUCAACAUCUCAAGGGGCAUCCUCCUCCUCCUCCUCCUCCUCGGCAACUUCUACCCUAGAAAGCAGCUCUGUUUCUUCAUCUAGUGAAGAAGCUGCUCCAACAUCUACUGUCGUGUCAACUUCUUCCGCAACCCAAUCUAGUGCUUCUUCUGCCACUAAAUCUAGUACUUCUUCCACUUCACCAUCUACUUCUACUUCUACUUCCACUUCUUCUACUUCCUCUUCCUCUUCCUCCUCCUCCUCCUCUUCUUCUUCUUCUUCUGGCAGUGGUAGUAUCUACGGUGAUUUGGCCGACUUUUCAGGCCCAAGUGAGAAAUUCCAAGACGGCACUAUUCCAUGUGACAAAUUCCCAUCUGGUCAAGGUGUCAUUUCUAUUGACUGGAUUGGCGAGGGUGGAUGGUCCGGUGUGGAAAACACCGACACUUCCACUGGCGGUUCAUGCAAGGAGGGGUCCUACUGUUCCUACUCCUGCCAACCAGGUAUGUCUAAGACCCAAUGGCCAUCCGAUCAACCAUCUGACGGUAGAUCUGUCGGGGGUUUGUUGUGUAAAAAUGGUUAUUUGUACCGUUCUAACACUGACGCGGAUUACUUAUGUGAAUGGGGUGUCGAGGCUGCCUAUGUUGUUUCUAAACUAAGCAAGGGUGUCGCCAUUUGCAGAACCGACUACCCGGGCACUGAAAACAUGGUUAUCCCAACCUAUGUUGAAGGGGGUAGCUCUUUGCCAUUGACCGUUGUUGACCAAGAUACUUACUUUACUUGGGAAGGCAAAAAGACAUCUGCUCAAUACUACGUUAAUAACGCCGGCGUCUCAGUUGAAGAUGGGUGUAUCUGGGGUACUUCUGGAUCUGGUAUUGGUAACUGGGCACCAUUAAACUUUGGUGCUGGCUCCACUGGUGGAGUGACAUACUUAUCAUUGAUUCCUAACCCAAACAACAGCGACGCAUUGAACUACAACGUCAAGAUAGUUGCUGCUGAUGAUUCAUCCAAUGUCAUCGGUGAAUGUGUUUACGAAAAUGGUGAGUUCUCUGGCGGUGCUGACGGGUGUACCGUCUCUGUUACUUCCGGUAAAGCUCAUUUCGUCUUAUACAAUUAA